AUGCUGCAUGUCGAAGCUGAAGCGCGAUCAGUGGGGCAUCUCUCUAACAAUGAGCCUCUUAAACGGUCCGUACCGGAUAUAUCUAGUCAGUCUUCUUCUGACGCCGGUCGGUCGUUAGAAGUCACGGUCGCAGAGCAUCGCUAUGCUCGUCGCCAUCCACCGAUACCGUACGACGUCGCGUCUGUCGCACAAGGUAACCCCGCCGGUCAAGAAGCCGCGGGGGGGCUUCGCGGAUCAGGCGUCGCGACAGCGCAGCAGUUCCCCUUCCCCAUUCCCAUUCCUCCCGCGGCGAACCGCCCUACCGGUCCCAUCAUUCCCGUUGACCCUCCUCCCCUCUUCAAUUUCCCACCCGCACCGAACCGCCCUACCGGGCCCGUGUUCCCGUUUCCCCCGGCCCCGUCCCGACCGCCAAUCAACGUGCCUCCGGUCAACCCUCCCCCUACCACUUUCCCACCCCCUGUAGCUGCCCCACCGCCACCGGUUAACCCGCCUCCGAAGCCGCCCGUUAACCCGCCUCCCAAGCCGCCUGUUUUCCCGCCUCCUAAGCCUCCCGUUAAUCCGCCUCCUAAGCCACCCGUUUUCCCGCCUCCUAAGCCUCCCUUUAACCCGCCUCCUAAGCCACCCGUUUUCCCGCCUCCUAAGCCUCCCACUAACCCGCCUCCUAAGCCACCUAUUUAUCCUCCUCCUCGGCCUCCCCCCUCUCCACGCCCACCUCCUCCCGCUCCUUCUCCUCCGCCACCUCGCCCCCCCAAUCCCCCUCCUCGUCCGCCUAAGCCGCCGUUGACCCCCCCGAACCCGCCUCCUCAGCCUCCGAAGCCCCCGGCUAGUCCCCCCAACCCCCCGCCACGCCCCCCGAAGCCGCCAUUGACUCCCCCGAACCUGCCACCACGUCCCCCCAACCCGCCACCUGUCCCUCCGCCCGUGCCGCUCCGGCCCCCUCCCAGUCCUCCUGCCCCUCCCCCUCUGAUACCUUCCCCUCCCCCCGACACAAGUCCUCCUCCCCCGGUCCUCCCGCCCGCCCCAGCCCCGUUUCCGCCCCCGCUCACCCCCUUCCCCCCACCUUUGCUACCAUCCCCGUUUCCUCCGCCUUCCCCGCCAUUCGUCCUUCCGCCGCCUCCGCCCGAAUCGUCGGGGCUAUCGAUGGGGGCGAUAAUAGGCAUUGCUGUCGGCGGUGCUGUGGGGCUGAUUUUCCUCGUCACAUGCGGCCUCCUUGCCUUCUUCUUCCUCGUGCCGAAAAAGAAAGAGGGCGAACGAACCCGCACCCGCGGCGGCGGCGGCGGCAGCGCGGCCCCAGGAACUGUGGGCGGCGCAGAGAAGGCGCCGUUUUACGCGCAGCCGCAUCUGGUCCGCGGGGUGCGCGGACGGCAGGCGGCUGCUGCGGCUGCGGCCGGGGUAGCGGCUGGCGCGGCUGCGGGCGGUGUGGCUGCAGCGGCGGCGGCUGCAGGCGGCGGGCCUGGCGAGGACGAGGACAGCGAGGAGGGAAAUAACGCGUAUGGCGACGGCGCGCCCGCUGCAGGAGAGGAAGAAGAGGAGUAUUACGAAGAUGAGGACGGGGCGGCGGGAGACGGGGAGGAAGGGGACGAGGAUCUGUACGGGGAAGGGGAGGGAGAAGGGGAAGCGGGAGAGGAAGCGGAAGGGGAAGCGGAAGGGGAAGCGGAAGCGGAGGAGGAAGAGGACGAUGAAGACCUAUACGACACCGGUGGCGCUGGUGAUGACAGCGGCGGGCCUUAUCUGGGAGGCGACUCAGGAGGGGGAGCAGGCGGCGCGGGCGCAAUCGCAGGCGCAGCCGCAGGCGCGGGGAUCGUCGCCGGCGCAGCUGUCGCGGGCGGCGCAGCAGCCGCCGUCGCGCUGGGAGACGGCGACAGGAUGAGCGAAGAAGCGGACGACGAGUGGUGGUUCCCGUAUGAGGAGCUAGAAGAAGCCACAGACGGAUUCUCCGACAGUAACAAGCUCGGGGAGGGCGGGUUUGGGCCUGUGUACCGUGGGCUGUUGGCGGACGGAAUGCCGGUGGCGGUGAAGGUGCUGAAGGUGGGGGGGCACCAGGGGGAGCGCGAGUUCCGCGCGGAGGUGGAUAUCAUCAGUCGCGUGCAGCACAAGCACCUGGUGACGCACCUCGGGUACUGCAUCGCCAGCGCGCAGCGGUUGUUGGUGUACGAGCUCGUGCCCAAUGGGUCGCUGGAGGACGCCUUGCACAGCGAGGGCCGUCGGCUGCUGGCGUGGAAUUUCCGCAUGAAGAUCGCUCUGGGCGCUGCCAAGGGCCUCGCGUACCUUCAUGAGGAAUGCAACCCGCGCAUCAUCCACCGGGACAUCAAGUCGUCCAACAUCCUCCUUGAUAAGGACUACGAGGCCAAGGUGGCGGACUUUGGUGCUGCCAGGCUGGCAGCAGAGGACGCCAUGCCAAUUAUCACACGUGUAGUUGGCACGUUUGGGUACUUGGCACCAGAGUAUGCACUGACAGGCAAGCUGACUGAGAAGUCGGACGUGUUUUCGUUUGGAGUGGUGCUGCUGGAGCUUAUAACGGGGAGGAGGCCAGUGGAGCAGGAGAAGCCGCAGGGCAGCGACAGCCUCGUGGAAUGGGCGCGGCCCCUGCUGGCAGAACGGGCAAUGGAGGAACUGGCAGACCCGGAGUUGGAUGGGUGCUACGGGCAGAGGGAGAUGGAGCGCCUGGUCACUGCAGCAGCGCUCUGUGUGCGCCAGUCUGCUGUGCUGCGCCCCCGCAUGAGCCAGGUGGUGGCGAUGAUAGAGGGGCGGAGCGAUGUGGAAGUAGAGGCAACAGACGACGAGGGGGGGAGCGCGUUGCGGGAGAGUGCGGAGUUCUCAGGAGGGGAGCAGGCAGGGCGGGAUGACAUGUUCCCUGAGGAGAUCGUGCAGCAGUACCCUCACAGUGCUGAGAGCAAGGGGAGCGCUGGGGCCAAGACGCGAAAGGGACGCAUGGCAGCCCUAGCAGCAGCAGCAGCAGAGCUCACACCCGGCCACACCUUCACUUCUGUUACCUCUGCUACUAGCACAGACCCCCUCAUUGCCAACACCUCCCCCUCCUCCCAGGGCCAGAUGCAGCCUCUCCCAGAUGUACCUCCCCCUCCUGCCCAGGCUGGGCCCUCUGGGCCCAUGCCUCUGCCGCUGCCGCCCGGGCGCAAAGGGGGUGGCGGCGGUAACGCCUAUUGCAAAAUGUGGACAGCAGAGCAGAGCCCGUGCCGCCCAGGCGCAUUCGGUGACAUUACGUACGAUCCGACCCCGCGAAUCGAGGGGUUUUUCGGGUUCGGCGGGAAUUGCAAUGCCCGCAAAACCGCCAUAAUCGCAGUCGCCGACGACUCGGCGACGGCCUCUGCGACCCCAGGCCGUGCGACAGCCUCGCCGACACAGGACGACGGACUCGGCGACGAGAACUCGCCGAAUGGCGGAGAAAUCCUUGACGUUAACGUUGCGGUGGGCGUGACGGCGGUGGCACCCGAGAAGGGUUCGGAUCCGCAGUCGCUUGAAAUCUCCCCCGCAACGGCCGGACUCUCGGCGCAAGCGGGGUUAGCGGGGGAGCCGCAGCUUGUAGAGGCGGCAGUUGCGGAAGGGGGAGUGGUGCUAACAGCAUCCGCAGCGGGAGUGGCGGGAGAAGGGGACGCGCUGGAGUGGCACCAAGGCCCCACGGCACAGUGCCUCGACUUCCGCUGCAACUGGCCGCACACGGGCUUCUUUGGAUGCCUCUGGAGCCCCACGGCGCAGUGCCCUGAGUUCCGCUGCAACUGGCAGCGCACGGGCUUCUUCUUUGACCGCCCGGUCCAAGUCCUUAAUGCAUCGUCCCUGCCCACCUUCUCUCCCACUGUCUCCUACUGUCCCACUCAAACUACACCAGGCCCCACGGCACAGUGCCCCGAUUUCCGCUGCAACUGGCCGCGAACGGGGUUCUUCUUUGACCGCCCGGGCCUAGUCGUUAAUGCAUCGUCCCUGCCCACCUUCUCUCCCACUGUCUCCUACUGUCCCACUCAAACUACACCAGGCCCCACAGCACAGUGCCCCGAUUUCCGCUGCAACUGGCCGCGCACGGGGUUCUUCUUUGACCGUCCGGGCAAGGGUCACCAGGCGGUGAUCGUGACGGCCUACACCAACCAGCCGUUCGAGUGCUGGCGCAUCUGCCGCCGCACCGAGCACUGCGCCUUCUGGAUGUUCGAGAUGCAGGCCCUGCAAGCUCUUAUUCCCUCUUCCGCCCAUGCUGCUCGUGGUCUUGGCGUGCGCUCCAAGCUUCUAGGGGGCCUCACCACGUGUGCUGCACUCAACGCCCACGUUGGUGCUGACAUUGUUGGAGCUGAUAUCGACGGCACAGCUGACAUCAGCAUUCUCAGAAGGGGUGGAUCCGUUUAUCUCUCCUACAAGAUCAAAGCACAGGGCUUGACUCAACGCCCAUCCUCCUCCCCAGCCAUCGUCGCCCGUAACCCCUGCUCUCCCUCCGCAACCUCCCCAUCCUCCACUUCCUCCUCCUCCACCUCGCCUGCUGUAACCGCAUCUGCCUCCCUCUCCGGAGACGGCUCAGUGCACGCCACCCUCUCCCCCUCCACAGGAGCCACCACCUCUGGUUCUCUCACCACCACCACCACCACCAACCUCCUCAACUCCUCCCUCUCUGCAUCCACCACUGCCGAUGCCUCCCUCUCCCCCACCACCGGCGUUACCACCUCUAACUCCCUCUCUGCCUCCGCCUCUCUCCCCAACUCCUCCCUCUCCGCAUCCACCACCGCCGGGGCCGGCACCGCUCUUAACCCCGACGGAUCGGUCUCCACCGCGGGGGGUAUCUCAGCCUCCACAAGCCUCCUCAACACCGGAGCCACAGCUGCUGGCAGCUCUGAUGCCUCCCUCCCGAAAGCAACUGCUUCUGGCUCAGGCUUUAUCGCCGCCUCAACUGCUCUCCUCAACACUUCGGCCACUGCCAGCGGUGGUGCCCACGCGUCUCUCCCCAACGCCACUCUCUCUGGCUCCGGCUCUCUCUCUGCCUCCACCGGUCUGCUCAACACGUCUGCUCGUGCCGGCGCUGGUGCAGCGGUCUCCCUUCCCAACGGGACUGUCUCUGGAUCUGGUUCUGUGGCUGCUUCCACCGCCCUCCUCAACACAUCUGCUGGGGUGGGAGCCUCUGCUGGGCUCUCCCUUCCCAACGGCACCGUGUCUGGAUCUGGUUCUCUGGCUGCUUCCUCCAGCCUGCUCGACACCUCCGCUGACGUUGGUGCCGGUGUCAACGCAGGCUCGGGCGGUGUCCAAGCCAACCUCGGAGGCUCGGCGAACCUUAACCUCUCCCCUGCUGGGCUUGUCUCAGGGGUUGGUGGUGUUAUCUCUGGUGCGGGUGGCGCUGUGGGGAACGUGGUUGGUUCGGCAGGGAAGGCUGCAGGCUCGGUGGUAGGCUCCGUGGGCAACGUUGCAGGUUCGGUGAUUGGCACAGUGGGCAAGGUGGCCGGCUCGGCAGGGAAAGCGGCAGGGUCGGCGCUUGGCUCGGUGCCUUCAAUUCUGUCUCCCCUGGUUGUCCUUCCUGGUGCUUGGGUGAAGGCUACAGUUGAUGCCAAGGUUGGGAUCAAUAUCGGUGCUGCUGGUGCUGCUGGUGCUGCUGGUGCUGCUGGUGCAGCUGCAGCAAAUGUGUAUGCGAUGGUGGGAGAGACUCGCCUCUCAGCUGACCUUGCCUCGUCCCUUCUCGCCCGCAUCUCCGCCCGCUCCUCCUCCUCCCCGUCCGCUCCUCUCCCCCUCUUCCUCUACCUCAACGCGCAGCAGAGCAUCGUUGCCUUCCUGCAGUAA